GCAGUUGUGGUUGGUUGAUGCUACUGUCGUUUAUACUGAGUUCGAGGGUCAGAGGGCGCGAAGUUCCAGAUGCUGCUAGGUGUUCAAUGAUCGUACUUGUUGGUUCAACAGCAGCAAGGCUUCACCCCAGAUUGCUCCCAAAAUCGUGGACUCCUCUGCUCUCCUUUCUGUUGUUUGGUGUUUUCCAGAGGUACAGCUCCACUAAAACCGGGAAACUGGCUUCUCACGGCUUUGCUUCCAUGGCAGCAAUGUCAUCCUUUCCCCCACAGAGGUAUCAUUACUUCCUAGUACUGGAUUUUGAGGCCACAUGUGACAAGCCCCAGAUCCACCCUCAGGAGAUAAUUGAAUUCCCCAUCCUGAAGUUAAAUGGCAGGACAAUGGAGAUUGAAUCCACCUUCCACAUGUAUGUGCAGCCAGUGGUCCAUCCACAACUCACACCUUUCUGCACUGAGCUGACUGGAAUUAUUCAAGCCAUGGUGGAUGGACAGCCUAAUCUCCAGCAAGUGCUUGAGAGAGUUGAUGAGUGGAUGGCAAAGGAAGGCCUUUUGGAUCCCAUGGUCAAGUCUAUUUUUGUUACCUGUGGAGAUUGGGACUUGAAAGUAAUGUUACCUGGACAAUGCCAGUACUUAGGGCUUCCAGUUGCUGAUUACUUCAAACAGUGGAUUAAUCUCAAAAAGGCAUAUAGCUUUGCCAUGGGGAGCUGGCCAAAGAAUGGGCUCUUAGACAUGAACAAAGGGCUGAACCUACAGCACAUAGGAAGGCCUCAUAGUGGGAUAGAUGACUGCAAGAACAUUGCUAACAUCAUGAAGACGCUGGCCCACAGAGGGUUCAUCUUCAAGCAGACCUCCAAGCCCUUUUGAUCUCUGGGGCCGGCCGGACAGGGCUGCAUGCGGCCGGCUCCUGCUACAUGGGUGCGAUGGGCUGGAGCAUUUGAAUGACAGAAAGAGGACAGAGGAACGAGCAACCCCACGACUCCGUCAGUUUUGCUGUUCUGCCAGUAGAGGCUGUAUAUAUGGAACUGGAUUCUCUGUGUAGGCCUGAAGUGACUCCCUCUCUAGGGCCAGCUGCCUGCCCGGCCUGGUCCAGCCUGCAGCCCCCUAGGGCGCUUGCUCCACAUGGUUAGAGACGUAGAUUGUUUUCCCUUUUGUUGGCUUCUGAUUUCCAUUGGCGUCUUUCUCUCUCUCUCUCUCUCUCUCUCUCUCUGUGCUCACAAUUGCGCCUGUAGCAAGACCGUGGUGCUAUGUUCUGGGCACUUGCCCUCAUUAUUUUGAGUACACUAUCUCAACAGCUGCGGUCAAGCCCCCCUUCUCCUGUGUGAAUCUGUUACUGUGUCUCCUGCGUGUCAGCUAAAUAUUGACUGAGCAGCAUCCAGACAGCCCCCCUUCUUCAGCAGCCUUUUGCCCGCUUCCUUUCUGAUUUAAAUAAACACUAAGCCCCAUCCCUCGUUCCUCCUGUAUGUGAUUAAGGAAGCUCGGCUCUUUCUGUUCAAGGUGAAGUGCCUGUAUUCCAUGCCCACCAAAAGCCACCUAUAUUCCUGGGAUUUCAUUCAGCAGGGGCUAUUACAUGCUAGAGCAUCCUGGUUGAUGCUCAUCUGAUGUGCGGCACUUCUUGCACCCUAGUCUCCUGUUGGUGCAUCCUCAGAAUGUCAGGGACCCUGCUGUCUUUUUUGUCCUUGCACACGACCACCAUGUAGUACGCAGUCCAUUGCGGGCAGUGGACAUGCCCGUUACUGCUUGUCCAGCAAGGGGUUGUGUUCCCAGCCUCAAUACACUAUAGCAAUCUGCAUAAUGAUUAAAAUCCCUGUUCUUUUCCCUUUACAAUCUGACUAAUUGCCCUUUUCACCAUGGCUGAAACCGGUGUGUUGCCUGAGAGAUAUGGCCUAUUCUUCCCCCUAGUUCUCAAUGUCUUGCAUCAGUAUAGGAGGAGGAGGAUCAACAUGUUUCUUCUUCUCCUAGCUCAGUGUUUUCCUGAAAGAAUAUCCUUCCCUGGCCUUUGCUGAAUGGACCCCCAGGGGCAUAGGCGCCAGCUGCCAUCAACUUGGGAGCCACACCGAGAGGGCUCUGCCCAUGCAGCAGUCAGGCUGUGAGCUGAUACAGGCACUGGGCCUUCCCAGUAAUAAUGCAUGGUGUGUGGAUGUUCCAGCUGAACCCAACCUGACCUCUUCAUUGGCUCGUUACUCCCAUCCUUGCUGUAAAUGUGCCACUUGAAUAAAGUCUGGGGGAAAGGAA